AUGAACAUCAGGUACCCGAGAUGCCCGAACGGGAAAUCAUGGGUGGUCCUGGACAGCAAGGCGUUUGCGUAUGCACAGAUUCACCGCAAGCCGAUCAGGAGAUGCACGGACCCAUCCGUCUUCGAGUACGACUACAUCGCCGUCCCCAUUUUUGCCGGGUUACUGCACCUCAUGUGCCAACGCGAUCAUCCGGAGGUGGACCCAGAGGCGGCUAGGCAGGCGCUUAUCAAAGCCACAACGUUGACCAUGGAGUAUCUCGAAGCUCUGGUUACAUCUGGGUUCGUAACCGUGCGUGAGUACAUAUCGUUAAAGGGAGUGAGCGCGGAGAGGUACCGCCACAAGAUGCGUGCAGACCUUUGUUCUCAUGCAGAGGGAACGCUGAUACCCGAGCUGCAGCGCCAGGGUCUCCGCAUCCCUCUGCAGCCCGUUCCCGUUAUCGACGACAACGGGUACAUGUGCGUCGACCCACCUGUGGACGUUCGAAGAGAGCUACUCGACCACAAACAGAAGUUCGCUGUGCUGGAGCAUGACAUACAGGUUCUUACGGCCAAGAUAGAGUUUCUGGCCAUCAGCAAAGGCUUGACGUCGGACGAGCUGGACGCGGGAGCGCGCCAACACCUCGGUGCCGUGGCCGAGAUGGUGGUGCCGACGGCGACUCCACGGAAGCAGGCCGCGGCCGGAAGUGGCCAGAUAGAGAGCGCGAGGACUCAUCAGCCGCGUGCACUGGCGGCAGUGCCUGCAAUCUCUCCAUGCCCUGCACCGGGCACACCUGUCUCGCUGAAAGAUGGCUAUGUAGCUGCUGGCGUAGCGACACCUGCUGUGGUCCGGCAACAAGAGCGCGGCCAUCUUGCACUGGCCUUGCGCAGCCGCGCCUCGACUCCCGUGCCUGCCGCGGCAGGUAACCCCGGAAGGGUCGCAAGCAGCGGACGGACGGGAGUCAUGUGGAACGCAGCGAAGCAGAGGUACUAUGUGCGGAUCAUAUCUGCUCGCCGGCAGCAGGUUCGUCUGGGGUCGUACGAGGACAAGGACGAGGCAUCUUACGCGUAUGCUGCGGGGGCCGUUGUCCUUCGCCCUAACUCCCGCAUCAGCUGCACGGUGCAGCUGUCCGACGGGGAGAGGCAGGCGCUAGCCGGCUGCACUGAGGAGAGUCUAAGGCUUCUCGUGAAAUACAGGCGCUGGAACAGAUGGAGGGAGUGGAGAGCCGCCAUGGAGGGUCUGGAUGAUGGCCAGGCGCCCGAGGCCCGUUCGCGGCGAAAGGGCAGAGUCCCCCGGGUCAUGCAUGACGUUGAGGAGGUGGAGGCUACCACGCCCGCAACAGAGGACCAGCCUAUGGCUCUUGAACCUGAGGACCCCCCAGAGGAUUACACAGAUGACGAGGCGUCUGUUGACGACGAUGCUGUGUAUGAACCAGAGGGCGAUGACAUGGAGGAUGAGGAUGACUGGGAGGAGGUCAACAAGGAGGACACUGCUGCAUGA